CGGUUGCCAUGGAGACGCGGUGGUUUGGAGGCGGCCCGAGACGCUGGAAUGGCGGAGCAGCAUGAGCGCUGGCCCAGCCCGGCGGGCAGCCACGGCGAUGGCGACGGAGACGGCGACGGGGACUCGGUCGCUGAAAUGAUGGAUCUCAGUGGCAGGGGACUGGUGCAGCUGCCCGAACACGUUCUCCAAAUGCCCUGGUUGAAGAAUUUAUAUCUUGAAGGAAACGCCUUAUCUGAACUUUCUGAGGACUUCUUUCAUCGAUUGCCAAAUCUUAUCUGGUUGGAUCUACGAAACAACAAGCUCACAAGUCUUCCUCUUUCAAUUGGAGACCAUAGAUGCCUUAAAACAUUGCUUCUUGAAGGAAAUCCUAUCCGAAAGCUGCCAGUAGAACUUGGAUCUUCUAGAAGGUGGUGCUGUUGCCGUGUGCGGACGUGGCGUCGAAGGACAAGAAGCUGAAGCAAAGAAGUAGAAGCCAAGUAACUGAAUGGAAACGAAGCCGAAACAUCAAAUAACCGAAAGCGUAUGAAGCCGAAACGCCAACUAACCGAAAGGGCGUGACGCCUAAAAGCAAGCUAACUGAAAGGGCGGGAUGCCAAAAAGCACUCACCGAAAGGCCGCUCUGCUGAAACGGCAACUUACCGAAAGGCUGCGUUGCCUACAAGCCAACUCACCAUAUAG